GACUGUGGUUUGGUGGGGAGAGGCCGGGCAGGGCUGCCUCCCCUGCAGAGCAGGGCUCUUCCGGGCUGUCCGCUCAGCCUCAAGAGGCAGCCCCAUCCUGCACGCCCCCUUGGCCUGCUCAUAUUCUCAGGCAGCCCCGGGGGAGGUGGGUCUCAGCCCCUGGGAUUUGGGCUGGGCACUCUGGCAGCUGGCUUGGUGGGGGCUGAAUUGGUGGCCUCUGGGUCAGGCAGUGGCUUCUGGCUACGGUGGUGACAGGGGAACCAGUCAGGCCCAGAAAGGACGAGGAGCUGCCCGAGUCACACGCUGGUGAGACGCAGAGUUGGGACUGUCCUCAACUGACGUUCAGCCUGACAUUCAGCCCAGAGCCCUGCCCCUGAACUGCUUUGCCUGUGAUGGAUGGGGAAACUAAGGCAGGGGGACCAUGUCUCUGCCUUGCACAGGAGAGAGGUGGGGACGAUGAGCCUGUGAGCACAGUGGAGCCCAGGUCUGUUCACUCAGGUCUCUCCUCUGCUCCCCUCGCUGGUGGAGGCCAAGCUCAGGGCUGGUCUGCUGGUCCCUGAAACUGAGGACCCUGCGUGUCUGAUCAGCCUGGCCUGGAUGCAAAGCAAGAUUUUGGUGGCGCAGUGAGAAGGCCUGGCAGCUGGAGCGUGCAGGCACCGUGGAGCCCUUGGUGCCGCAGGCUCCGGGGGCUGCUCCCCAGCCCCACCUGCCAGACUUGGAGAGGCCCAAGGCCCAGCGCCACAGAGGUGGGUGUCGGCAGACAGAUGCCCCCUAGGCCGUGGGGUCUCCUGAGUGGGCGUGCGAAGGGUGGAGGAUGCCAGCCAAGGGGCGCUACUUUCUCAACGAGGGCGAGGAGGGCCCGGACCAGGAUGCGCUCUACGAGAGGUACAGGCUCACCAGCCAGCAUGGGCCGCUGCUGCUCACCUUCCUGCUGGUGGCCAUCACGGCCUGCACUGCGCUCAUCAUCAUCGAGUUCAUCAACUGGGACACCUCCAAACUCAAGUCUCUCCUGGGGACGGCGAUCGUGGUGCUUGUGGUAUUUGUGGCCCUGUACCUGCUGGUGUAUGUAGAUUGCCUCGUACGGCGGGGGCUCAGGGCCUUGGCGCUGCUCAUCUGGGCUUGCCUCAUGACGCUGGGCUACGUGCUGCUGUACGACUCACGGAUGAAGGGGGCCUGUGCAUGGGAGCAGGUGCCCUUCUUCCUGUUCGUCAUCUUCGUGGUAUACACGCUGCUGCCCUUCAGCAUGUGGGGGGCCGUCGCAGUGGGGGUUGUCUCCACUGUCUCCCACCUCCUCGUGCUCAGCAUCCUUGCGGGGGUCCACGAGAUGCCUAGUGACCACAUAGAGCUGAAGCUGCUGGCCAAUGCCAUCAUCUUCCUCUGCGGGAAUCUCACCGGCGCCUUCCACAAGCACCAGAUGCAGGAUGCCUCCAGAGACCUGUUCACCUAUACCGUGAAGUGCAUCCAGGUCCGGAGCAAGCUGCGCAUCGAGAAGCGGCAGCAGGAGAACCUGCUGCUGUCGGUGCUGCCGGCCCACAUCUCCAUGGGCAUGAAGCUGGCCAUCAUCGAGCGUCUCAAGGAGCACAGAGACCGCCGCUACAUGCCUGACAACAACUUCCACAGCCUCUAUGUCAAGCGGCACCAGAAUGUCAGCAUCCUCUACGCAGACAUUGUGGGCUUCACACGGCUGGCCAGCGAUUGCUCCCCAAAGGAACUGGUGGUGAUGCUUAAUGAGCUCUUUGGGAAGUUCGACCAGAUCGCCAAGGCCAACGAGUGCAUGCGGAUCAAGAUCCUGGGUGACUGUUACUACUGCGUGUCGGGCCUGCCCGUGUCCCUGCCCACCCACGCCCGGAACUGCGUGAAGAUGGGGCUGGACAUGUGUGAGGCCAUUAAGCAGGUGCGGGAGGCCACGGGUGUAGACAUCAACAUGCGUGUGGGCAUCCACUCGGGGAAUGUGCUGUGCGGAGUCAUUGGGCUGCUCAAGUGGCAGUAUGACGUGUGGUCCCACGACGUGUCCCUGGCCAACAGGAUGGAGGCAUCUGGAGUCCCUGGCCGAGUACACAUCACGGAGGCGACCCUGCGCCACCUGGACAAGGCAUACGAGGUGGAGGAUGGACACGGGCAGCAGAGAGAUCCCUACCUGAAGGAGAUGGAUAUCCGCACCUACCUGGUCAUCGACCCCCGGAGCCAGCAGCCACCGCCGCCCUGCCAGCACCUCCCCAAGCCCAAGGGGGAUGCGGCUCUGAAGAUGCGGGCAUCAGUGCGGAUGACCCGCUACCUGGAGUCCUGGGGCGCCGCGCGGCCCUUUGCGCACCUCAGCCACCGUGAGAGUGUGAGCGUCAGUGAGACCCCUGUCCCCAGCAGCCGGAGGCCCAGGGCCAUUCCCCUGCGGCGCCACCGGACCCCAGACAAAAGUGCGUCUCUCAAGGGGCGGUCGGAGGACGACUCCUACACUGAUGAGAUGUGGUCGGCCAUCGAGGGGCUUACCUCCACGAGGUUCUCCUGCUCCAGGUCAGAUGACUUCCACGCCUGCACCUGCGUGUCCAUCUUCCAGGAGAAGGGCCUCGAGCGAGAGUACCGCCUGGCACCCAUCCCCCGAGCCCGCCACUACUUCGCCUGUGCUGGCCUCAUCUUCCUCUGCAUCCUGCUCAUCCAUGUCCUGCUGAUGCCCAGGAUGGUGGCUCUGGGUGUGUCCUUUGGGCUGGUGGCCUGCGUGCUGGGACUAGUGCUGGGCCUGAGCUUCGCUGAUGAGUUCUUGAGGUGCUGCCCAGCCCGGGGGAUGCUCCGGGCCAUCUCCCAGAGAGUGGAGACGCAGCCCCUGCUGAGGGUGUCCCUGGCCAUCCUGACCAUCGGCAGCCUGCUCACCAUCGCCAUCAUCAGCCUGCCGCUGCUGCCUCUCCCAGUGCGGGAGCCGCUUGGUGGGAACAAGACAAGCGUGAGCGCUGUGAGCAACCAGACCUCGUGUGAGCUGCUCCUGCAUUACACCAGCAGCUGCAUCCUGGGCUUCAUUGCUUGCUCCGUCUUCCUGUGGAUGAGCCUGGAGCUGAAGUUUGUGCUGCUAACUGUGGCCUUGGUGGCCUACCUGGUGCUCUUCAACGUCUCUCCAUGCUGGCAGUGGGCCUGCUGUGGCCACGGCCCAGACAACCUCACGGAGACCAACGACACCCUCAGCAGCUCACCUCAUCCAUGGAAUGAUUUGAAGACAAUGAUUAAUUUCUACCUGGUUCUGUUUUAUGUCGCCCUCGUCAUGCUCUCCAUGCAGACUGACUACUACUGCCGUUUGGACUGCUUGUGGAAGAAGAAGUUCAAGAAGGAGCACGAAGAGUUUGAAACCAUGGAGAGUGUGAACCGCCUUCUUCUGGAGAACGUCCUGCCAGCCCACGUGGCCGCCCACUUCAUCGGCGACAAGUUAAAUGAGGACUGGUACCACCAGUCGUAUGACUGCGUCUGUGUCAUGUUUGCGUCCGUGCCGGACUUCAAAGUGUUCUACACCGAGUGUGACAUCAACAAAGAAGGGCUGGAGUGCCUGCGCCUGCUAAACGAGAUCAUCGCGGACUUCGACGAGCUGCUGUUAAAGCCCAAGUUCAGUGGCGUGGAGAAGAUUAAGACCAUCGGCAGCACGUACAUGGCAGCUGCAGGGCUCAGCAUCACCUCGGGGCAUGAGAACCAGGACCUGGAGCGGCAGCACGCCCACAUCGGCAUCAUGGUGGAGUUCAGCCUCGCCCUGAUGAGCAAGCUGGACGGCAUCAACAGGCACUCCUUCAACUCCUUCCGCCUCCGCGUCGGCAUAAACCACGGGCCUGUGAUUGCUGGGGUGAUUGGGGCGCGGAAACCUCAGUAUGACAUCUGGGGAAACACGGUCAAUGUUGCCAGCCGAAUGGAGAGCACUGGGGAACUUGGGAAAAUCCAGGUUACCGAGGAGACCUGCACCAUCCUGCAGGGACUGGGCUACUCCUGUGAGUGCCGGGGAAUGAUUAACGUCAAAGGCAAGGGCGAACUGCGGACUUACUUCGUCUGCACAGACACUGCCAAGUUCCAAGGGCUGGGGCUGAACUGAGAGCUUUCAGUGGGUUCAGCAUCUGCUGGGAAGUGGUUUCCCUCCCUGAAGUGAGCCAAGGAGAAACCAGCACCAUGCCAGUCACGAGGCACGCCAGAGAUCCGGGCACCGACUCCUGACAGAGGCUGUGCCUGGCUUCCUGGAAAUCGUACUGGGUCUCGGACGUGUGCACCAGAUCCUGGCUUGAAGCGCCCACCUGUCUCCAGGACAGCAGAGGGUCACUGGUGCUGCUGGCUUCGCUCCCUUGCUCUGCAGGUAGCACAGCUGGAGCAGACAUCCCUGUCAGUGGCCUGUGAAUGCACACAGGUGGAGGACUGGCUUUUCUAAGGACAGAGGACUGAGACAGGUUGUCUGGGAUGGGCUUGGAACUCCCUUCUCCCCAGGUGGAUAAGCUGUUGGAUUCUAUAUUCUGCACAUAAGCAUUCUGAUAAGUGAGUUAAAAAAGUGGUUUUAAUCUAUACAUGGUUUCAAACAACAGGGAGAAAAAGACUAUAACUGACACUUGUUCCUUCCUGCCAUCUCUGGCAUGCUUGUUUCAAAUGGAUACAUUAUUAAUGAGGGCUUUAUCCUUUUUAAUGACUUCUUCAAUACUGGAAAAAAUCUCUUCCUUCCAUUGGCUCCUUUGCCUUUUUUACCACUGACACAUAAAGGGGACUCCUGUCCAGUGUCAGCUUAGGGGACUAGCUUGUGAGCUGUCUGAAGUAAGUCCGGCUGUGGGGACAAAGCUCCAGGGAAUGUGGCCCACAGAACUCAUUAGAGGCAGGCGCUCAGGGUCAGCAUCCAGCAGCUAGCUGAAAGCCUGGCAAAUCAGGCACAGCCUUUAGCCUUUCCCUGCCUCCUCAGGCAUUUGGGAGCUCUCCCCUGCCGCCUCCAACUGUAUCUUAGCUUGUAUAUCAAAACGGAAUGGAGUCUGUAGAGACAACUUGGACAACCUGUAGUACGUCUUUCCUUUUCUUCAUCCUAACUUUUAAGAGCUUCAAGACUACAAAGAUCUACCGAGCACAUGCAGGUUCCCGUAUCUGGGAGAUGGUUCUCACACAAUGCCGAGAUGUUCUUCUGAACCCGAAGGAGUCAAGGCAAGUGCAAAAGGCCGGAUCUGCGGAUCUGUGGAGGGGCGUCUAGCCGUGCUCCUACUCCACAGGGAAUGAAUGAAGUCACCUGUUUGAAGGCGAGCAAUAACCACACUGCCCAUUCCUCUUCCUGAACUGCUUCACUGCCUAAGACUGACAUAUAGCGCAUCCUCAGGAUUUCCAGGACAACCAAAUCUUACUAUCCAGCAGGAAUUCUUGACCAGACAUCAUCUGUAAGCUCCCUGAAGGAUACAGAAAACCUUGUCCACAGGAGACUUCAAAUGAUAACACAGGCAGGUUGCAGAGAGGUGACUAGCCAUCCUGGUUUGCCUGGGACUGAGUGUGAGUUGUCACUGAAGUUGAACCUACUUGCCCUGUGGUUGGGCUCUAACAGCCUGAGAAGGGGGUGCUGGGCAAGCUAGUGGCAGCCCUGUGAGUUGCCUGUCACUGGAAUCGGUGUAAUGCAUUCGAACUUGCUGUUUAAAGGAAACGGAAAUAAGACUUACUUACUUAAACUGCUUUUUUUACAUGCCAACUUUUCAUAAUGAAAGGCUGGUUUCAGGCGAGUACUGUACUGAAAUCUAUGCUCUUAAAACCCAGGGGACCAGGGCUGCCUGCAGGUCCUUCCCAGGAAGUCAGGUGUCUCCUGCUGACACAAUGGAGACACACGUUAGUGGGCCAGGCCUCUUUCUUACUCCUGCGAUAUUCAAGCCACUUUUUUUCCUCCAGCAACAUUGGGAGGUUAAAAACAACUGGUUACCGUUCACAUAUUUUUCCUUCCAAUUAAAGCACUGGGCUCCCGUAAGAAUAUUUGGUAAGUUUUCCUUUUCAAGAUCUGGGUCAUAGUGUAUAACUGAUCACGAAAGUCAUAUGGAGUGAUUUUUAUAAAUCUGUUUUCUAAUUACCAAGUCAUUUCUUCACAAGCCUCCCUCAUUCUGUUUAUGACAGGAACAAAUGCCUUUCUAACACUGCCUUCUCUACAGGUCAAGGACUUGCUUAAAGUGUCUACUAAGGUGGCCUCACCAACUCCAAGGAAAAUAACGCCUGGAUCCCUGCUAUUAACCACUGUACACAUUGUGUCUAUAAUACAUCAGUGUACACAAAUGUACUUUGAGAAGGUGCAUGCAAAUAACUAAGGUUUAAUCUAUAUACUGUUUAUAGAUCCUUAUUCAUAACAUUUGUUUCAAAAUGUUCUUUCAUUUUUUAUAAAGCACCAGUGUUUCUAAACUGAACCGAUCGCUAAUUUAUGAAAAGCAGCUAAACAGAGCUAUGUGGAAAACCUGAAUGCCCGAAAGUGUCUGGAAUGGUCACGUUUUCCCUGGUCUUCAGGAACUUUAAGUAACUAAACAAAUCUAAAGUUUAAGAACCAAUUACUGUGUGAAUUAUAUUUUAGGGAUUAAAACUAGACUAUUUGAUUUUCGAAAUUCUUUUGGCAUAGGUUUUUAAAAAGAUUAACUCUCCUGAGAGCAUCCAUUUUCAUUCUCUGUUCUUGCUAAAUGUUAAUUUUCAAAUUCAAAACAGUCACAUUAAAAGGCAAUCACAACGAAAGAGGCUCCUGUUUUUCAGAUGGGCUCUGCACAAUCCUAGCAGGAUCUGUUCUUAAUAUGUUUACCGAUCUAGGCUACAUACAUCCUGCAUUUUUAUCCUUGCUUUUCAUUUUAGCCUAAACAGGUUAUAUACUGAACCAGUCUCAGAAAAAUCACCAUUCAUUCUACAGUCCCAUUAUAGUUACUGGUUCUAGAAGGGGACCACAUGUCUCCUGCUUAAAUAAUUAAACUGCCUGGGCACUUGACCUUUGUAUUUCAGAUAAAGCAUGAGUACAGUGGGCAUGGCUGAGAUGCAGGUGACCUUCGAGAAACAGUAUAUUAAAACGUGAGCAUUCCUUUCAGCUCGGUAAUUGUCCCACUCAAGGAUGUUGCUAUAGUUCCAAACAACCCUCUCAAGAAAGGGGGAUUAAAAAACCCACCACAAAAGACAAGUUAAUGCUAGUAAAACUUAGUUUGAGCACCUAAUCCUCCUACACAAGGACAUCAUUCCCACCAGGUACUUAGGGGGCUGAACCAUGGUAGUAAAUUCUUAAAAUUAUUUUACGCACGUUACUGUGUUCAAGGUAUUUCAAGGUAUAACAAUGGAAAAACCUCACUGGGUAGGGACAUUAAAAAGCUUCUUAGUUACGAUCCAGUGAAACCAAAGGAUUAUGGCUACUCUGAAAGCACUGGGCCCAGGCCAGCCUACUCCCGCUUUCUGCCGGGUAUGUAUGGCAACUGCCCAAAGCCACAUUCCUUCCUCACAAGGCCGUCACUGAAUGAAUCAUCAAGAUGAGAACUGAUAGUUAGGCUGUCAUUAUUUAAGGAGUGUAGCAGAUGUGGGAUUUCAGUCAUUUUGGGACUUGCUUCUUUUAACUGAUGGUUACGAAAAAGGCAAUUUUUUGAGCUUCUCUCACUCUCUUACUACAGUCAUGGGGCUGACUUAGCUAACAUGCGUGCUGUAACUCAAGAGUCCCAGGGUCAGCUUUAUUACUUAACAGAAGUCCAAUCUCUGGAAUGUUGAAAUUAAUUGUUCCGAAGUUUAAUCAAAAACACAAUUUAUAAAUAUUUAAUAUCCUCUGAAAAGCAUUUCCAAGGUUAAGAAUGAAAAAAAAAAAGAUAU